UCUCUCCAGGACGCCUCAUGAAGUGAGAGCAGGCAGAGGACCUUCACCACUGUAGAGCGGAGACCAGGAGGACGAGAAGAAGUGGGACCUGGGUGUUUAUAUGCCAGUGGGGUGAAAAGAGAGAGAGAGACCCUCGUCUCUGUGGGUCAGCUGAUGACAGAAGAUGAAGAACCACAUCACCAAUGCCCUCUCAGACUUCUUCUUUGAGUAUGAGACCCCACGCCAGGUGCUGGUGAGGAACAGGAGGGUGGGAGUGGUGUGCCGUCUCAUCCAGCUUGGGGUCCUGGCUUACAUCAUCGGGUGGGUGUUCAUCUACGAGAAAGGAUACCAGUCCACGGACACAGCAGUGAGCUCAGUCUUCACCAAAAUGAAAGGAGUGGGCUACACCAACGAUAAAGGAAAAGAGAGAGUCUGGGAUGUGGCUGACUAUGUCUUUCCUCCGCAGGGUGACUCAUCGUUUGUGGUGAUGACAAACUACAUCAUAACUGAGGGUCAGAACAUGUCAACGUGUCCAGAGCUUCCAGGCAAACACAACUGUAGCUCAAACAGAGACUGUGAAGGAGGGAGUUUCAAACGUACGGGACAUGGACAAAUGACGGGAGUUUGUAUGAAUACCACAAAGACCUGUGAGGUCCUGGCCUGGUGCCCUGUGGAGGAUGACCACACCAUACCAGACCCUCCUCUGUUGAUGUCUGCAGAGAACUACACACUGUUCAUCAAAAACUCUGUGACUUUCCCCUUGUUUGGUGUCACAAGGAGUAACCUGGUGGAGGGCAUUGAUGCUGGUUACAUUAGUAAAUGCCUCCAUGAUCCAGAGAAAGCUCCACUGUGCCCCAUAUUCAAACUGGGAGACAUUGUCAAACUUUCUGGCUUCAAUUUUGAAACAAUAGCCAAAGUGGGAGGAGCCAUUGGUAUAGUGGUGGACUGGACAUGUAACUUUGAUGUGGAUGUGAGACACUGUAAACCAAAGUACAACUUCCAUGGUCUGUAUGGAAACCCCACAGAGACAGACAAAGCCAGAGCCUCAGUGGGCUACAACUUCAGGUUUGCAAAGCACUAUAUGGAGGACAGAAUUCAGAGAAGAACCCUCCUCAAAGUGUUUGGGAUCAGGAUUGACAUCAUUGUUCAAUCACUGGCGAGAAAAUUUGAUAUCAUCCCCACACUGACAGCUAUCGGCUCUGGAGUGGGCAUCUUUGGAGUGGCCACUGUAGUGUGUGACUUGGUGCUGCUCUAUUUGCUCCCAAAAAGAGAAUUUUACAAGAACAUGAAAUUCAAAUACACAGACACACAUAUACAGCCUGACAGCGAGUCGCUUGGUUUAGACACCAGCGUCUAUUACACCAUUGAAGCAAAGGAAAGACAAACCCAAGGCAUUGACAAGUCCAACGAUCCUGAUUCAGAGGCAGGCAGCAUAGAAACUGAGGUGUCUAAAAAAUGAUCUGGGAGAAAGCUUGUAAAGUGCUUUUUGGAUUGCACUGGGACCCUGCAAUAAACCCUGCAACACAACACACAAACACACUCUGAGUGUACUCGGGACUGGAGCGGACAAACUCAGACAUUGCUCUACAUGUCCCCGUCUUCCUCCUCUCGAUCUUCCAGCUGUGUCUUCUAACAACACCUCCCACCCUGGGAGACUGUGACUCUUACUAGCGUAGCUCAGCUGUGUGUGUGUACUUUUUUGGGUGUAGCUCUGUUUGCUUUUAUUCAUACUUUGGGUGUAACCCUCCACCUCCUAACUUUCUCCACAUUGAUGCAGGUGAAAGAAGACUAUCUGGCACUUGUGUGUGUACACAUAUCAUCCAUCAUGAUCUCUGUCACUGUCUUUGUCAAAGCAAGAAACACACACAUGGCGUGCCAUCAUUGGAGUGAUUCACCCUGUUUGCACCUUGUGAUCAACAGCUGAGUUUAAAUAAAAGAUGUACAUUUGUGG